AACACAUUCGUUACCAUGGCUGCUGCCCUUAUGGGUACAGCUGCAGCUGCAACAUACACGAACUCGUCGACCUCCACUGGAAACAGCACCAUGUCGUCGAGCAGCCGCCCUGUAGACCUCACCACCUCCAGCACCAUGUUCUCUACCACUCCCGUGGUCACUGGAUCUGAGGGCUCUGGCACUGCAACCUUGUCUGAUGACACCGACGGAGCCCAGCCUGUUGUUCAAGGUCCCACUGGCCCAGUCAAGUUCGACGUCCAGACCGACGUCACCUACUCCGGUAGCCAAAUCAGUCUCAAGAAGAGGGGACUUGGCAAGAGAGCUCGUGGUUCCAACUUGAACGAGUGUAUCAACAACUGUGCUGCCAGCACUGAGUGUGUUGGAACCUCGUACACCGAUAGCACCUCCGAGUGCUCGUACUUCUCUGGCAUCUCCGACCAGCCUCAGAGUGCUCCCGGUACCGACUUUGCAAAGGUCCUCACUCGUAACGGUGCCCCUGUCGAUACCUCAGGUGGCGCCGGCAAUGGCACCAGCUCCAGUGUCUCCACGAGCCAAUCUGCAUCGAGCCACUCUGCCGGUUACUCGAGCACUCUCUCGUACGGCAAUUUGUCUCACAGCGCUACCGCCUCGCUGUCUCAGUCUCGCAGCGUCCAAGUUUCUGGCUCUGCUACUGGAUCCGGCAUCUCUGCUUCUCGCUCAGCAACUCGUGCAUCUGGAUCGGGAAGCUCGGCUGCUCCAUCCGCAACCAACACGGCCACCCCUUCGAUCAUCACCUUCAACGGCGUUCUGUUCAAGCUCGAGAUCAACAUCACCUACAGUGGUGUCACCUUCGAUAUUGAGCUUGAUUUCGCCAAGAGAGCAGGCAUGACCCUGGAUGACUGUCUUUCGGCUUGCUCGAAGAACACCACCUGCAAGGGCACUGCCUUUGACUCUAACGAUGACACUUGCACCUACUACAGCAGCAUUGACGCCAGUAGCCGCACCGAUGCUCCUGGAGUCACCUUUGCCACUGUCGAGUCGCGCGCUGGCCAGAACAGCUCCAGCUCCAGCACUGCUAGCUCCAACUCUACUGCUUCCAGCACCGGCUCUUCUGCUAUCGCUACUCCUACUGGUCUCGAGGGACUUAUCUGCCCCAAGUACAACGGAAUGGUCGUCAACACUCCCCUCGAUGUUGACUUUGUUGUCGAAUGCAACCACGGUGUCAUUGGUGAUGCUUUGACCAUUGAGGCUCCCAGAAAGCGUCAAGACACCGGCCUCCCUACCAGCAUCAGCAACUGCGUUGAUAUCUGCUCUACCGAGACUGCUUGCGUUGCUACCACAUUCGACUACACCACCAACACUUGUGCCUACUACAGCACCUUCCAGCUCGUCGUUGCCCAGGGUCUGGACGCUGCUCUUCGUCUUGAGAACAACGGUGCCGCUGCUGGAACCACCACUGUCACCGAGACUCUUGUCCAGACUAGCACCAUCUUCACUGAGGGCGGUUCAACCGUUCAGACUGCUANNCUGUCACCCGCACCGCUGUCGUCUGCCCUACCUGCGCCCGUUCCCGCAGGCGCCAACGGUGGUGCUCUUUCCACUGCUACCGUUUUCCAGACCACCGUCGUCACCAUCUCUUCUUGCGCACCUACUGUCACCGACUGCCCUCUUAGAGCCGGCCAGAACGCUGCCGUUGUCACGACUGUUGUCCCGGUUUCCGAGACUGUCUACCAGUGCCCUUACCCUACCAACGCCAACUACGUUACCGCCAUCUACGGCGCUGUCACCGAGAUGGAUGUUGUUACCAGCACUGUCUACUCGUGCCCUGCUGGCCAGACUAUCACUGUCAGCGGAACCCAGAUGGUCCCUGCUCAGCCCACAACCAUCACUGAGUACUACACCACACACCUCACCCAGAGCUCCAGCGCUGCUCCCNCUGCCAUGACCGGCGACAACGCCAGCAAGUCCAUUGUCUACGUCCAGCAGGUCGUCAGCGCUGGCCCCACUGCCACCUACACACAAUACGUUGUUGUCUCCACCGCUCCCCCANCUCCCCAGCAGACCACCGCCACCAUCACUCAGGGAUGUGACGGCGUCCACUGCCCUGCUGGAAACAACGGUGCCGCGACCACCACUUACAAGGUCACCAUCAAUACCGUCAUCCCCCAGCAGUCCGCUCCCGCUCAGUGCAACGGUGUGAACUGCCCUUCCAACAUGACCUCUGCCUCCUCCGGCAUGACCACCCNNUCUGCCUACGCCACCGCCACUGUCUCCAAGCCUUUGGCAUUCACUGGUGCUGGUUCCAUCGUCAGCGUCCAGGGCGGUGUCGUUGCCAUUGCCGCAGUCGUCUUCUCGGUCUUCUUGUUCUAA